AUGGCCGUCAAUACAAUUGAGAGGUUUCAUGUUACAAUCCCACUCUCGAUACAGUUUGAAUCCAAUGCUCAUGGCGUCCAUGUCGUGGGUUUAUCCAUGCCGGAUGAACGCGUGUCUAUCACAGGCAUCGACGACGAUGAGCCUUCGACUGCGCACACAAAUUUUGAGCCCGAUGGCAAAGUCUGGCCGGAGGGACUGCAGGACCUAGGCCUCAUUUCUGCGAACGAGUCUCUCGCCUGUCCGGACUUUUCCCACAUGGAGUAUUUCACACUUCAUGAGAAUCCUCUCAUCAUCUAUAUCCCGAAUUUUGUCUCUCCAGGCGAGAUUUCGCACUUGCUGGAGACUACGAAAGAAAGUUUCACCCCUUCUGUGGUCUACCGACAGGGGGUUAGUAGCAAUGACGAAAACUUUCGAAAAUCGGAGAAUGCAUGGCCUCCACGGGACGAAAUUUUGCAAUGUAUCGAACAGAGGGCAGUCCGUUAUCAGAACUUGGACUCGGACCUGCUCAUGGAACAGUUAUCUCUCCAACUUUAUCGCGAGAAUGGCUUCUUUUCUUAUCAUCACGACCAGUUCGACUCGCCACCCAAUCGCCUUAACCGGUAUUCAACCUACAACGUUUUCUUGAAAGGUGACUGUACGGGUGGUGGCACGCACUUCCCUCUGAUUCCUCGACCAGAGGAAAGUGCCUGGUGCAACUACAUUGACUGCGAAUCCACGGAACCUGGAGUCAUUUUCAAGCCAAUUGCCGGCAGCGCCGUUUACUGGGUCAACAUUCGAGAGGAUGGACUUGGAUAUCGGGAAACACUCCAUGCAGGGAUGCCGGUAACCUCGGGAACUAAGGUUGGCAUGAACAUCUGGAGCUGGAAGGAUACGAGAGUGGAUGUUAACCAAAAGGAUGCUUUGCGUGUAUAA